AUGGUUCAGGCAGGAAGGGUUUGGGUUUGGGGGAGAACCCGGCGGGGCAGCAGGUCGCCCCGAAAUGCAUGCAGCGCACACGAGCACCCGCCCUCCGGCCGCGGCCUCCGGCUAGUGCGUGGACACCUAGUGCGGCCUCAGGCUAGUGCGCACCCGCUGGACACCUGGCUGCCCGCUCUGUUCACUCUGCGCCCUGCCCAGCGGGGACACAGCGCCGCGAGAGCUGCAGGAAUCCGAGGGCGCGGCCUCCGCCUGGCGCGCUGGGACACCGCCCGCAGGACACCUGGCUGCCGGCUCGCUGGGGGACUGAGCAGCCCGGGAGCUGCAGGAAUCCGAGGGCGCGGCCGCUCUGACAGCUUGCUCCCCGCUGGGCGGGGCCGCUCCCCCACCCACCGGCCGCUGGCCAGCGCCCACCCGCCCGGCCCACUGGGUCCAGGGCCUCGGGGAUGCGCUCGGUGGCGCCACCAGACUUCCAAGUUUGCCCUCGUAAGGGGAAAUCUUAGUAUCAGAUACAUAUAUGGCUCUGCGUCCCGCAAGAUCUGCAUGCUGCUUCCUUCCCUGGGGGAACGAACAGCUGAGGGCGAACCUCCGGAUGGCGGGACCCGGGAGCUCCCGGGGAGCGCGGCGCCCACGGCCCUGCUCGGGCUCCGGCUCGGCUCCGGCUCGGGCUCCGCAUUGGGGGGCUGUCCCGGGAGCUCGGGCCUCCGGGUCGGCGGGCGACUCCCGGCUGCGGCCCAGCACCCGGCGGGGCGCGCCCGGGGCUCCCUGACCGUUAACCUCCGCAGAGGGGGACCAGCCGGAGCAAGACAAAAGAAACGGCCCGGGCCGGGCCCCGCCGAGCUCCGCCGUGGGCGCGGGCCUCGGGCGCCGCUGGGCUUGCACGAUCGCUCUGCAGGAGAAGUUCGAAGGGUCGAAUCCAGGCUUGCACCUUCUCUUCCUUUACAAGAAGAUUUUGUUUAUCACUGGAAGGCGAUUACUCAUUACUACAUCGAGACUUCAGAUGAUAAAGCCCCAGUGACAGAUACAAACAUCCCAUCUCAUCUGGAGCAGAUGUUGGAUAUAUUGGUGCAAGAAGAAAACGAGCGGGAGUCUGGAGAGACGGGGCCGUGUAUGGAGUAUCUGCUUCAUCACAAGAUCUUAGAGACUUUAUACACCUUAGGGAAAGCUGAUUGUCCUCCAGGAAUGAAGCAGCAGGUCUUGGUAUUCUACACUAAGCUUCUGGGAAGAAUCCGGCAGCCGUUGCUCCCCCACAUUAAUGUGCACAGACCAGUGCAGAAAUUAAUUCGACUUUGUGGUGAAGUUCUUGCAACUCCAACGGAAAAUGAAGAAAUUCAGUUCCUUUGUAUUGUGUGUGCAAAGCUGAAACAGGAUCCCUACCUGGUUAAUUUUUUCCUUGAUAAUAAGCUAAAGACAUUGGCUUCCAAAGGAGUCCCAGAUGUUGUCACCUCUGAGGACUCGUUAAAAGGUCAAGACACCUUGUCAACAGACACAGGACAGUCCAGUCAGCUGGCAGGACUCUCUGGUGCCACCGGAGUGGAGCAAACAGAGUUAGAAGAUGAGACGCCACAUCAAAUGGACGAGCUCUCCACCAGCUUGGAUAAUCUCAGUGUCACCUCACUGCCGGAGGUCUCGGUCGUUCGUCCAAACCAGGACUACAACUUAGUGAAUUCUCUGUUAAAUCUUACGAGAAGUCCUGACGGCAGGAUCGCAGUGAAAGCCUGCGAGGGCUUGAUGCUGCUGGUGAGUCUGCCAGAGCCCGCGGUCGCCAGGUGCCUCACCCAGAGCACGUGCUUGUGUGAGCUGCUGACCGACCGGCUGGCCGCCCUCUACAAGGCCCUACCUCAGUCGGUGGACCCCUUAGACAUCGAGACGGUGGAAGCGAUUAACUGGGGCUUGGAUUCCUAUAGUCAUAAAGAAGAUGCUUCUGCAUUUCCAGGGAAAAGAGCCUUAAUUUCCUUCCUUUCCUGGUUUGAUUACUGUGAUCAGCUCAUUAAGGAAGCACAAAAGACUGCUGCUGUCGCCCUGGCCAAAGCUGUCCAUGAAAGGUUCUUCAUUGGUGUCAUGGAACCUCAGCUCAUGCAAACUUCUGAGAUGGGUAUCCUCACAUCAACUGCUCUGCUUCAUCGCAUUGUCCGGCAAGUCACCUCCGAUGUUUUGCUUCAGGAAAUAGUGUUUUUCAUCCUUGGAGAAGAAAGGGAACCAGAGACGCUGGCAGAAAUCAGCAGGCAUCCUUUAAGACACAGGUUAAUAGAACACUGUGAUCACAUAUCUGACGAGAUAAGCAUAAUGACCUUAAGGUUGUUUGAACAUCUUUUACAAAAACCCAAUGAGCACAUCCUUUACAACCUGGUCCUAAGAAAUCUUGAAGAAAGAAAUUACACAGAAUAUAAGCCUGCAUGCCCAGAGGAUAAAGACGUGGUAGAGAACGGAAUGAUCGCAGGAGCAGUAGAUCUGGAAGAAGAUCCCCUGUUUACUGACAUUGCGCCAGAGCACACUUUGUCAAACCAGGAGUGGCUGCGCUCCUCACCUCCCGUUACUCCAGACCACCCAAAAGGGGACGGGAAGACCGAAGUCCACAAGAUCGUCAAUAGUUUUCUCUGUCUGGUACCAGACGAAGCAAAAUCAUCGUACCAUGUCGAGGGCACUGGAUAUGACACCUACCUCCGAGAUGCACAUAGGCAGUUCCGGGACUACUGUGCUAUCUGCUUAAGAUGGGAGUGGCCGGGGUCUCCAAAAGCGUUGGAAAAGUGCAAUUUAGAAGCAGCUUUCUUUGAAGGACAUUUUUUGAAAGUUUUGUUUGACAGAAUGGGAAGAAUUCUCGAUCAGAGAAGGGAUUUUCGUUAUCCUGACAAUUCCUGUGUAGUUGAUUCUACAAACUAUAUUCCUUUGUAUUCUGUAACCCAGGUUGUUGGAGACCUUAUGGUUCGAAUCCAGCGGAUUCAAGAUUUUACGCCUAAACUUCUCUUGGUUAGAAAGCGGUUACUUGGUUUGGAACCUGAAGGCCCGAUCAUCGACCACAUCACAUUGCUCGAGGGCGUGAUUGUGUUGGAAGAAUUCUGCAAGGAGCUGGCGGCCAUUGCCUUUGUGAAGUACCACACGUCCUCCACACCGUGA